AUGACUAAAGCAGUUCAAUUCCGCUUUGAAAAAGUCUACGGGAAUUCCUUUAAGGUCUCCUGUGAGGAAACUUUAGACAUUCCCCUCUGUCAACCCUCAAGUUGGCUGUUAUCUCGGCUUAUUCUUGGUCAUAAUAUUCCCAAAUUCGCUGAAAAAGACUUUUCUGAUGCUUUGUUGAAAUUUCUUAAAGAAAAUGAGCGGAGCUAUGUUGAUGAUUGUUUGACACGUUUGUACGACAACCUCCUUUUGGAUGAAAACGCACCAUCACAAAUUGCUGCUUCAUUGGAAGAACGUGUCAAGGAGCGAAUAUCCACAAGAUUUCAGGCUGAACCGCCCACCGAUGAGGAAAUUUUUGGUCAAACCUACACAAAGAUCGUUCAGUCGCCAGCUGCAAUGGAUCUGAUUCAGUUGGAACACUCAUUUGCUGUUGCUAUAGAAGCAGAGAUUGUCGAGCGCGAUCGUUUUCUUAGUGCCCUUCAAAAAAGCAUUGUGGAUAGCACAGAGGCACUCUUAUCGAAGGAUAGUGGGGAAAUCAGUGUGACUGAUGCUGUUUCGGAGCUUCAACGUCGCUUCCACUUGGAGUACGAGGUUCAGAAGAUGACCUGGAACAGUCGGAUCAGUGAUUUAAAAGAGACUCAGCGUCAGGACUAUCGUAAUUUUGUGAUGUCCAUUGAGGAGCAGAUGCUGCAAGCCGAUUUGUCCAAACCUCUACCUCCUAAACCUUCUGAUGUGGGGGGUAUUGGUUCAACUCAGACGACACCUCUGAUGGUGAGUAACAAUCCAAAUAGUACAGGACCACGUUCUGAAAGCUUCAUGGUUCAGUUAGGUCGUCAACUUCGGUCCUUUUAUAACCUGAAAUUGGUUGAAGCUGACCCCAUAGAUCUCAUGACGCCUAUUGGAUCUACUGGAGCCUCCAAUUCUCCUCCGAGCGUCGAAGCUACUGUCAAUUUAGCCGAGCGGUUGAGCAGUGCACUCACUAUUUACUCCAACGAAUUGACAGGUCUAGUUAUUCUAGUCGACAGCCAGAUGUUUCAAUCAAGGGCUCAGCAACGCCUUGCUGAAGUAUGUGAACUUUCAACAGACUUCCACUUCCCCGAAUUGGAUCGCCAAUUGGCUAGUAUUCAGGAGAUUGUGAAUAACCUCUCCCAAGUCACCUCAUCCAACGUUGGCAACACGAUGAAGGGACGUCCGAAGCCGGGUGACGUCUAUCUCACGCGUCACUCAAACCUUCGAGCCAGCGAAAUCGGUGGAAAUGCGGGUGGCGGUGGUGGCGUGGAGGUGGUCUUUCAUGUGGUGACAGAGGGGGAGGCAGUGGGAGGCAAGACUGUCUCCCCAUCCCUUUCGCCAUACCUUCAUGCAGCAAUUUCCACGGUUCUCCGUGUUUGCAAUCAGUAUGAUAUCAGUACACUGUCUCUGCCACUGCUGUUCACUCGGCGAUCGCUGGAAAGUUUACCAUUGGCCUGGUGUCAGCGACGUGCUGAAGCCGUUCUCAAGGUCGUCAAAGGCACUCUGAUGGAGUCAGUGAGUGUUCGAAACGGCAAUGGUAGCGCUCUUCGCACCCUCAUCUUUCUCCUCCCUCCACCGACACCCUCGUCUUCUGCAUCGAAGGUGAAGGCGAAGGCGGACGUCUUUGAAGCCCUCGCUGCAAUUAUAAAUUGCACCUUUCAACAGACCAGUCCCCUUGUUGUGGAUAUUUCCACCGCUGGCACGGUUUGA